AUGAAGGCCAAUAAGAACCCCCAGCCGGUCUCGGCUUCUCACAAUGAGAAUGUCCCUUCAGAAGACAGUGUCCCAACACAACAACGCACCAACAAGGGCCUCAUCGUCGGAGGAAAGUUCCGUAAUGCACUUUCAGAUGAACAAUCCCAAGAAUACGAUAGCAGCCUCCUGCAAGAAGUCGACGUCGAUCUCCCUCUGACCGCCACGAAACCCAAGGAACACAAUGGCCAGCAAUUUAUUGUCCUCGAGUUCGUCGAAGGAGAUAAGGAAAACCCCUUUAACUGGAGUGGAGGCAGAAAGGCAUUCAUUGCAACCCAGCUUUGCAUGAUGACCCUCUUCAUCGGUCUCGCUACAACUGCAUACAGUUCCGGUAUCAGCAAGAUGGUCACAGAACUUCACACCUCCACCGAAAUCGGCCAGCUCGGUCUGUUCUGCUUCAACUUCACCUGUGCUCUGGCUCCUCUUUUCCUUGCUCCAUUCUGUGAGUUGGCCGGUCGCCGUGUUAUCUAUGUCGGUGCCUACAUCUGCUUCUGCUUGAUGUUCAUCGGUCUUGCUCUCGGUAAGAACAUCGCCACCAUCCUCGUGUGCCGUUCCCUUCUCGGUCUGUUCGGUUGUGUCGGUACUAUCCUCGUCGGUGGUACUUUCGGCGAUAUGUACACCCCUGAGCACCGUGCCAUCCCCAUGGCUUGCUUCUCCUUCAUCGCCAUUCUCGGCACAGUCGGUGCCCCCAUCUACGCCGGAUUCAUCGACCAGGCUCUUGGCUGGCGCUGGCUCGAGGGUAUCCAGGGUCUGGCCAACAUUCCCCUGGGUAUUGUCAUUGCCUUCUGCCUUCCCGAGACCCGUGGCAGUGUCUGCCUUUCCAAGCGUGCGAAGAAGAUCCGCCAGGCUACCGGCGACGAGCGCUUUGUUACCCACAACGAUAUCGAGGCUCCCGGUAUCAAGCACAUGCUCCACAACUCCUCCGUCAAGGCUGUUAAGAUGCUCUUCACCGAGCCCGUCGUCUUCGCCUUCGGUCUCUGGAUUUCCUUCGCCUGGUUCCUGACCUUCCUUUUCCUGUCCGUGAUCCCCAUCACUUUCCAGGAGAAGCGCGGCUGGAACGAAGGUGUCUCCGGUCUCCCCUACAUCUCCCUCUGCCUCGGUACCACCAUCGGUUUCGGCUUGAACUUCCUCCAGAUUCGCAAGUACAAGUCCCUCACCCAUGAUCCCGGCCACGAGGUCUCUCCCGAGGCCCGUCUCUACGGAGCCCUCUUCGGAGCCGUCUGGCUGCCCAUUGGUCUGUUCAUCUACAGCUUCACCCAAUACAAGGGCCUCCACUGGAUUGGACCUGUCAUCGGUCUCGCCUUGAUCACCAUCGGUAUCUUCUUCAUCUUCGAGUCCUGCUACAGUUACACCUCCGACUGCUACGGCGAACACUCUUCCUCCGCCAUUGCCGGUCAGGGUUUCAUGCGUAACACCCUCGGUGCCGUGUCACCCUUGUUCGCCUCCCAGUUCUUCCACAACCUGGGCAGUCAGUACGCAGGAUUGUUGCUGGCUUUGAUCGCAACUCUUUUGACCUUUAUUCCCUUCGUCUUGUACAAAUACGGUCCUGCGCUGCGCGCACGGUCCAGACUCGCCAGUGCCACCGUCAAUGGCACGGAGUAA